AUGACUCCCCCGCUCAACAUCGACGACGAGAUGGCCUUCUUCACCGGCCCUGGUCGCUGGAACGACAUUAUCUCACCUGCCUCUCUCGAUAGCGAGCUCGCCGCGUUUGUCAACGCGCACCAGGACGACGAGGAUCUCAAUGAAGCACUCUUGAAGCGUGUCUCGAGCGCGCUGGACUGGUCUGCGGGUGUGUUGGGGCAGAUGGAGGUCCCGGAGGAGGCUCUCAGGCUCUUCUGGAAGUUCCUCAAGGUCGAACUGAAAUAUGCGGCCGAGGCCGAGCGUAACCACACGGAGUUCGGCGACUUCCUCACCCGUAUCGUCGACCACUACACGCAAUACGGCAAGCCGCAGACGUUCUUUAUCCGCUCGGUCCUCUCUUGUGGUGGGCCGAUGACAUUCCCUCGCAUGCAUGACAGCGAUCCCAACGCGACUGGAGGCGUUGUUCGCUGGUGGGUUGCCUUCGCGGCGAUGGUCAAGAACGGCGGCAAGAAUCCGGAGCGCAAGGACAUUGUCGACGUCUACCAGGCCGAAGCUGAAGCUACUCGCAUUGGCCGUGAAGAGGUGGCACGACGCAAGAAGAUUUACGACAUGGAGAAGGAGCUGGAGGCGCUUCGUUCGGGCUCUCAGGCUCCUCCUGAGCAGCCUGCGGGUGCAGCUGGCGAUGUCGAGGAGAGCGGGCCCGCGCGUGGACGCGGAGCCGCGCGUGGUAAGGGAGCCGCCGGCGCCGCCGGCGGGCCCGCGCCUGUUAAAGAUCCUCGUGGUGCGGUUUUGAAGGUUGGAAGGAGCAAGGGGAAGGCCAAGGCGGCGCCGAGGGACGAGGACGAGUACCAGGAGCCUGAGGAGGCGGCUGCGAAGGAUGCGGAAGACGAGCAGGACGCGGACGAGCAUGUACGGGUGAAAGGCGGCAAGAAGACGGCUCCCGACGGCUCCAAGCUCGUUCGUACCAACGGCUGGCUCCUCCCUAACGACAUCAGCGCUACGCCGCCCAGCGGCAUCAACUUCAACCUCACGGAGGAGGAAAUCCUCGCCAGCAAGCCUGCAAAUGGGCCGCUCACGCCCGAGAUGAUCUUCAGCUUGCCUGAGAUCCAUGGGAUUGAGGUCGCGAUCAGUGUCGACCCUCCGUGCCCGCUCUGCCAGCAAACCGGCCAGCUAUGCAUCACCCGUGGCGGCAAGAGCUGCGUUGGCUGCACUGCGCGCAAGAAGGGCAACUGCAACAUGCCUACCGAUAUCGAGCUGCCCGAGGACGUCACCAAGGCGCAGAUCACGCCCAAGCGGACUGUGCGUCAGGCGAAGGUGGAGGCGCUGAUGAAGACCGGGCACAUCUCUGUGGAGCAGAGGUGGAGGUGGUGGACUGAAGACUACGGUGGCAUCAGCAAGGAGACGCCCGCAGGCCGCGAACAGUCUGUUGUGCCUACGGCGGCCCCGGCUAAGGCUGCUACGAAGAAGCGCGCGGCUCCCCAGACGAAGGUGAAGGCCAAGCCCGUCGCGAAGGCUCCCGCCGCACGUCAGCGCUUCGCCGACACCGACUCCGACGCCGAGAACGUUGCUGCGCGCGCCACUGCUGGCUUCGUUGACAGGACGUCUAGCGAGGAGGACCACCAGAUGCACGAGAUUGACGCGGCUCCCGCGGCUCUGCCCUAUGACGAGCCCAUGCUCACGGACGAUGCCACCGCCACUUCUGGGCCGUCGAAGCGUCGGCGCUCGUCCUCUGGACUGUCCGCGCCCACGGCCAAGCGCGCGAACACUAGGAGCCAGGAUCGCGUGCAAACGACUGUCGCGGCUCCGGCGGCUCCGGCGGCUUCCCCGGCUCCUGCUGGACCUUCGCGGCCCCCGAAUCCUCGCGCUGUCGCACCAGCUCAGCCCGGGGAGUUCAAGGUCCCAUCGACGUUCCCACCCCGCCCGGCGCGCCCCAACGUCCCUCCGCCCGCUGCAACUGAGGGCCAGAUUGCCCUUCUCAACUCGCGCAUCAAGCAGCUCGAGGACAGCCACGACAGGCUCCUGCACGCCAACAUCAGCCUGGAGCGUACCACCGCGCUUAACAUGCAGAACAUGAUGCGGUACGUUCACGCGCUCGGCGUGCAGCCACGCGUCGACGCGAGCGUGCAGACCGAUGGCCAGGACGAGGCUCAGCCGAUGGAGAUCGACGAUGCUCCCACCUUCGAUCUUCCCCCGCCAUUGGACGACCCGGCCCCCUUCCCCAUCCCAGACGCACCCCAGGCGUCUGCGACAGUCUCAGCAGCACCUGCUCCGCAGGUCUCAACGUCGCGUGGCGCCUCGGCGGCUCCUGAGCAGCGGGCGGCUCCGGACUCAACGGCGGCUCCCCCGCGUUUGGCGGCUCCGGCAAACUCUGCACGUUCAAGCUCGCAGCCUCCUACGACCGCCGCAACCACGACGCUCGAGCCGUCGCGCCAGGAGGCUAUCGGAGACCAGCAGGCGCAGCUGAAGAUGCCGCCUGCUCAGGCAAGUCGCAAGACGACGCCUCAGCCGAGUGUCGCACCCUCGCGAGCAGGCUCGCGCGCCCCCUCCGCUGCUCCCAGCACCGCCCCUGCACCGUCACAACCGGCUCCUUCUACCCGGGCACCCUCCGCCGCCCCUUUGCCAGUCGCUGAGCCGCAAUUGGGCUCCCAGCUGCCGCCCUCGCGCCCGACCUCAACGUCACUUCAGCAGGUCGUCGAGGAGCCGCCGGCGGCUCCCGCGGGCGCCGCUGCGGCUCCGCCCAUCCCGACUUCGACUGCGAGCACGCCUGUCUCGGCUGCGUCGUCUUACGCGCCGAUGAAGCUGUUCCAGGGCUCGAAGAUAGGAUGGGGGAGUGCGUUCAAGCAGACGCCCCCGUCAGAGCUGGAGCGGACUCGCAGCACAGGCCGCGACGUACCCGCGCAGGCUGCGAGUCAGCUGGCAGGCGCAGAGCCUAUGCGCCGUGUACCCUCCACUCCCGAACGUGGGCAAGGGGAGCAUUUGGCUCUGCGUCUGCCCAUGACGCCCACGGAGGCCGGUAUCUUUCUGCAGAUGCCGGCUGGUGCCCAGGGUCCGAGCGAGGAGGCGGCUCCUUCCACUGGCGCAGCUACCGUUCCCCAGCGUGGCAGGGGAAUUCAGAUUCCCUCCUCGGAUGAGGAUGGCGAAGGAUCUCCCACGCCAGCCGCCCGUCGCAAGAAGACCACGACUGUCAUCCCGGACAGUGACGAAGAGAUGCAGCCGCCCGAGCCCUUGCCCAAGCGCAAGGUCGCCGUCGUGCUCAAGAAGACCGUUAUCCCCGAUUCGGAUGAAGAGUCCGACGCGCCACCACAGGACGAAGGGUCUGGUAACGACGAGCAGGACCAGCUGGAGGCUGUUGCUGAGGAGGGGUCGGGCUCUGAGCGGGCGUCUGGCGAGGGCGAGGGCGAGGGCGGAUCAGACGGCGCGGGCGAGGACACGCACGCUGAGGAGCAGCAGCCCCAGCAGCUGUCCGAGAAGGCGCAAGGCAAACAGCCUCUCCGGCGCUCGGCGCGGGCCCGCGGAGCCGCGAGCGAUGCUGGCGGCUCCGCGGCGGCUCCGCCAGCGGCUCCAGAGCCCGCGGCUCCUGUUACUCGCACGCGCUCCAAGGGCACGCGUGGGGCAAAGAAGUAG